AUGUCUGGGAGCACCUUAGAUGUGGAUCAGGACAAUGAUGAAGCAAGCCAACCCUCGCCCACUGUCACUUGCACCGUCUGUCAGUCCCCGGCGACAUUCAUGUGCUCUUCCUGUGGUCUCAACGGCCCGAGGUAUUGUUCCUUGGAAUGCCAGAAAACCCACUGGAAACAAGACCAUUAUAAAACGUGCCAAGCAUCCGCCCAAGCCCGCCGUUCGAGAUCCCAAGCCGAUGCACUUAACGAACGCAACGGCCUCCGAUCCUCUUACAGAUCAAGCACCCAUCUUCCGGACGACGAUCCGCAAGCGGAACAUAUUCAGCUUCGUACAAUGUCCAGCACUGCGAGACAACAACCUGCGGAGGACCAAGAAGUGGAUCAGGACGACGCACAAACCGAGACGGGCGAAGAGGAUUUUGCCGAUGAUUUAAAAUUCUAUAUGCAUCAAAUUUAUCUGGUCAUCAAACCAGUCGUCGUAUGUAUUAUUCUCAGCAUUUUUUGGGUCAAGGUCUCCUUCAGUGGUCAAAGUGACUACAGUCCGACUCGCCCAAAUUACAUUGCUCUCUCUGGAAGCACCGGAAGCGGCGACAGUCAAGGAAAUGGCGGAUCUUCCUCCCCUAUCGUAGGUUCUUUUACCAAUGCAGCUAUCAUUAUCGGCCAAAUCAUCGCUAUCACUGUGAUCAUUGUCUUUCUCUUCCGAAAAGGUUGGAUCAAGGUUCUGAUUGGCUUUUUUAUGGUGAUUGUUCUUCUUCUUUUAGGCUUCAUGACCUACCUUUUACUCCUUAACCUUGUGCAAGUAUUUUCGAUUCCUCUGGAUUACAUUACCAUGGUCUUUGCUCUGUGGAAUUUUGCGGUGGUCGGACUGGUUUCGAUCUUUUGGAAGGGGCCCCUUUGGCUGCAGCAAGGGUAUUUGACGAUCAUGAGUUCACUGAUGGCAUUUUCUCUAACCGGUUUAGAGCAAUGGACCACAUGGAUUUUGCUCGGUUUAUUGGCUAUCUGGGAUCUUAUUGCUGUUCUUUGUCCUUUUGGACCGCUCCGUUUGCUUAUUGAGAGUUCAAGGACGCAGCAGCGUGAAGUUCCGGCCUUGCUAUAUUCGGUGAAUGCGGUGUGGUUUAUGAUGGCGUCCGCCGAUCAUUUCCAAAUUUCCAACAGCUUCAAUAGCGAACGAAACGCACCAGAGACCGCACGGCCUCUGCAUACCCACCAAUAUACCACGUCUUUAUCGCUUCGCAGCCGAGCCAGUUCAUCCGAAUAUGAAGCAUCAACGUCGUCGACGAUGCCACUGCAAACAAGUGAGGGGGCUGGAGCAUCCGAGACCAUCCGGCAUCGAUCGUCGACAGGACAGUUGCAUGGGCCUCCCAUUAACAUGGAUGGAUUUAUGCGGUUGCGAGGAGAAAGCAGCGGCACCAUCGCCAGUCAAAAUGAAUCCGCCACAGAAGUGUCGACCGAGGUGGCAUCGGAGACCACUACCGCUCGACGAACCAACAGCCAGACGCCACGGGAAAGAACCGACGAAGAAGAGCGGGAUGAAGAGGAUGCUGAACGAAGCGGAUUAAAACUUGGGCUCGGUGAUUUUGUAUUUUACAGUGUGCUGAUUGCUCGUGCAGCCAUGUAUGACUGGAUCACGACGGUGUGUUGCACCAUUGCUGUCCUGAUGGGGUUAACCGCCACCAUAUUUUUACUGGCGAUCUAUAAAAAGGCACUGCCGGCAUUGCCCAUCUCGAUCGCUUUUGGCAUCUUGUUCUAUUUCGUCGCUAAAACCGUCCUUGUACCCUACAUUGGUGCGCUUUGUGUUUUUGGCAUGGUCGGCAUAUGA